AGAUGCGGGAACGUUACCAGGGAUUGGCAGCUGGGUGGCAGCUGGGCGUUGCAUGAGAAAGAGAAGAAGGCUUGAGGAUCACUCAGUACUUUCUUGGAGUGCGUGAUACAGACUGGGGGAAUGAGGAGGAGGGAUUCCGUCUCUGCUCUGUGACACUGAAAGAGGAAGUGGGAAGGAAAAGCAGAAGAAGAAGGAGAGAGAAGAAGGGGAGGAAGGAAAGCCUUGUUUCCUGUCCAUUCUCACUGUGCACCACAGUGGGGCACAGGCUGCCCAUCUUCACCACACGGGGCUGGGGGACAUGCACUUGUAGUUGUCGCUCAUGAAGAACUGGAUGAUAUUUAUGCUUGCAACCGGUCUCUGUCAUAAAAUCACUCUUAGAGACUUCUAUUUUUCACGCCCAGAACUUUCAAACCCUUGGGAAGACCCCAUUUAAUGCAGGUGAUUUGUAGGGCGUGAAGAACAGAUUCCUCCCCUGGGUUUGCUCUUCAUCCUAUAUCAAUGUCCAGCAAAUGUCUGCUCGGGACCUUUCAGCUUCUUCUGGUCCUUUUUCACUGCCCGGCCUGUCCGGCCUCUCUUCUACCAGGCAGACCAUUCGUCACAGUUUGGAAUGCCCCCACAAGCCGAUGCUGGGACAAGUAUGGGGUGGCUUUGGACCUGGCGGCAUUUGACAUUGUGGCCAACCAGAACCAGUCAUUUAUGGGCACUGAGAUGGUGAUCUUCUACAGUGGCCAACUGGGACUUUAUCCUUACUAUGAUAAGACUGGCGAGCCCGUCAAUAGUGGGCUGCCCCAGAAUGCCAGUCUCAAGGACCACCUGCAGCAGGCCUACGAAGACCUGAAUGCCACUAUGGUGUCUCCAGACUUUCAGGGAGUGGCGGUUAUAGACUGGGAGGACUGGAGACCUGUGUGGGAUCGGAACUGGGAUUCAAAGUACAUUUACAAACAACAGUCCCAAGAGCUGGUGAGGCAACAGCACCCCGAUUGGUCUGACAAGCAGAUUUUGGAAGAAGCCAAGAGGGAAUUUGAAGACGAUGCCAGAAGGUUUAUGGAGUCCACUUUGGAGUUGGGACGUAAAAUUAGACCUGGUGGAUUAUGGGGCUUUUAUGGUUUCCCCGGCUGCUACAACUAUGGCUACAAAAACUCCAGCUAUAAUUACACCGGAGAAUGCCUCCAGGUGGAGGUGGAGAGGAACAACCUCCUGAGAUGGAUGUGGGAUGCCAGCCGGGCCCUGUAUCCAGAAAUCUACCUGGAGAGCAUGCUGAAGUUGUCCAAGUACGUUGGCCCAUUUGUGAAGCACAGGUUGAAAGAGGCCUUUAGAGUAUCUGCCGAGGCAACGGAGGGUGACCUCCCUGUUCUGCCCUACGCCCGAAUCGUCUACACCUACAGCAUGGACUUCCUGGAGCAGGAGGACUUGGCGCAGACCAUAGGACAAAGCGCGGCACUGGGGGCCACUGGUAUCAUCCUGUGGGGCAACACGGACUACAGUUCCAGCAAGGAGGCCUGCCUGGCAGUGAAGUCCUACAUAGAUGACACGCUGGGGAUGUACGUGGUGAAUGUGACGAGCGCAGCCACGCUGUGCAGCCGUAGCGUGUGUACAGGGAACGGACGCUGUGUGCGGAGAGACGCCUCAUCUGAGGCCCAGCUCCACCUUCACCCCGACAGCUUCACCAUCAGCAGGAACCCCCAGGGCACCGGAUUCCUGGUCUCCGGACAAGCCACCAAAUGGGACGUUCUACACAUGGCCGCACACUUCCAGUGCAGCUGUUACCCGGGCUGGACGGGCGCAGACUGCUCACAAAGGACAGUCUCCUGAGUGCUCACUCACUGGCACCAGGUGCAAGCAGCCAGUCUCCUGAGUGCUCACUCACUGGCACCAGGUGCAAGCAGCCAGUCUCCUGAGUGCUCACUCACUGGCACCAGGUGCAAGCAGCCAGUCUCCUGAGUGCUCACUCACUGGCACCAAGUGCAAGCAGCCAGUCUCCUGAGUGCUCACUCACUGGCACCAAGUGCACGCAGCCAGUCUCCUGAGUGCUCACUCACUGGCACCAGGUGCAAGCAAUCAGUCUCCUGAGUGCUCACUCUCUGGCACCAGGUGCAAACAACCAAUCAGCAACUAGCUUCUAUCUGUCUCCUGUGAGUGUGUUUCUCUGUUGUAUUAAACAAUAUUUCUUGCAA